AUGAAUAAAAGAGAAGCAGCACCUAAACGCGCAUUUACCGAUGGACACAAAAUUGAAUAUAAUGCGUCCCGAAUUAAUAGCCUUAUCGCUCCACUUACUAUAAAAUUCUCUGAUAUUGGUGAAGAUCCUGAUGCCUUACUCGAAAAUAAUAAAGUAUGGGCGAGAGCUCACACAAAAUUAAAUCCGGAUUUUUUUAUUGACCAAGCUAAAGGACAGCAACCUAAGAUUGUUUGGUUUGGAUGUUCGGAUUCACGUGUUCCUGCAGAAACGGUUGUCCAACUGGGACCUGGCGAAAUAUUCGUUCACAGAAAUAUUGCUAAUCAAUUUAAUCACGCUGAUUUAAAUUGUUUAUCCGUGUUACAAUAUGCUGUGGAGCAUCUGAAAGUAGAACAUAUUAUUGUAUGUGGACAUUAUGGCUGUGGUGGUGUAAUUGCUUCCAUGUCAAAUGAACAACAUGGUCUUGUGGAUCACUGGUUGCGUAACAUUAAAGAUAUUUAUCAUGAACACAAGGAAACAUUUGAUAACACAGAUAAAGACCAUUCUGAUUUAUUGGUUGAAUUAAAUGUUAAACAACAAGUUUAUCACAUUUCAGCUACUAAUAUUGUUCAAAAUGCAUGGGCACUUGGUAGAAAACUUGAAAUUCAUGGUUGGGUUUAUGAUUUAAGCACUGGUCUUCUCAAAAAUCUUGAUGUAGAUGUUAAAAAUGCAGAAACCAUUGAUAUAAGUGACGAUAUACCAAAUAAUGAUACUCAAACGUGUGACGAAGAUUGGUUAGUGGAUUUCGAACCAUGGGAUGAAGAAGAAUUACGAGAAGAUGCUGAAUUAUUCAAAAAUCAGUAUUCGAAUCUUAGCGCACCUAAUUUAUCUGAUAGAUUCAAUUCAUCUGAAGGAUUUACAAUCAAUUCUGAUAAAUUCACUAACAAAGGUCCUAACAAUGACGAAUUUGUAGUUACACCUUUAAAUUUAGGCCUCGAUUUCAAGAAAUUAGAAAAUAUCAAUCUUGAAAAUGUCUUAUGGCAAGAAAACAAUCGAGAUCUUGAAGUAAUGUCACAUAAAGAAUUGAUUGAGGCUUUAGAUUCAGUUCAAUUUAUUAAAUAUAAAAUUAGCGAUGAGUUAAUGGAAAUAAUGGAAAGUGAUAAAGAUGAAGAUGAUCCAAAGAUGAAAUUCUUACGGGCAAAGCGAAAGAGUUCAAAAAUUCGAAUUAAUUUAAUUAAAUUAAAGUUACAAUUGUACGAUAAAUCAAUAAAAGAAUCACCAUACUUUACUAAAGAUUAUUCCAGCUUGUCUUUUUCAACAACUACGACAUCUACUUCAUCUAAUCCAUAUGAAAUUUAUUCAACAUCUUCAUCAUCAGCAUCAAUCACAAAUUUCACCAAUAACGUUGACUUAACUUACGAUUCAAGUUCAAUCCCAGUAGAGAUGAUAGAUCCGGAAAUAUUCAAUAUUUUACAUGAUGUUUUCAAAUUAAAAAGUUUUCGAUUAAAGCAAGAAGAUGCAAUAAUUUCAACUCUUAAUGGUGAUGAUGUAUUCAUUUUAAUGCCAACUGGUGGUGGUAAAAGUUUAUGUUAUCAAUUACCAGCUGUAUUGGAUAAUAAGCGAAAUAAUAAAGUCACAUUUGUAGUUUCCCCGUUAUUAUCACUUAUGCAUGAUCAAAUUUUAAAUUUAAAUAAUUUAGGAAUUCAUGCUUUGGAGAUACAAGGAAGUCAAGAUAGUGAACAUCGAAAUAUGGUUUAUCGUGAACUUAGUAAUCCUGCACCCAAACUUGCCUUAGUUUAUUUAACACCAGAAAUGUUAAAUAGAAGUAAUAAAUUACAAGAAUUAAUUCAAUUAGUUUAUAGUAGAGGAAAAUUGGCCCGAUUUGUUAUCGAUGAAGCUCAUUGUGUUAGUCAAUGGGGUCACGAUUUCAGACCAGAUUAUAAAGAAUUGGGAAGAAUAAAAUCUAAAUUCCCUGAUAUACCAGUGAUGGCACUCACUGCAACAGCGACAGCUAGAGUUAAAAAAGAUGUAACACAUAAUCUUUCUAUACCAAAUUGUAAAGUUCUUACAACUGGAUUUAAUAGAAAGAAUUUGUCAUAUGAAGUUCGAAAGAAGAGUUAUAAGAUAGAAGAACAAAUCUUUCAAUUUAUUCAAGAUCCAUCUAAUCGAAGUAAAACGGGAAUUAUAUAUUGUCUUUCUAAAGCUUCAUGUGAGAAUGUAGCGAAAAAACUUACCGAAUUAGGAUUGAAAGCAGUCUAUUAUCAUGCAGGAAUGGAUAAACGAGAUCGAAUAAGAUUUCAAGAAGAUUGGCAUAGUGGUCGUGUUCAAAUAAUUGUAGCAACAACAGCAUUCGGAAUGGGAAUUGAUAAAUCAGAUGUACGAUUUGUAAUUCAUCAUUCAUUCCCGCAAUCUUUGGAAGGAUAUUAUCAAGAAACUGGCCGAGCUGGAAGGGAUGGAUUAGGUUCAAAAUGUAUAUUAUUCUAUUCAUAUAUGGAUAAAUUUUCUAUUGAAAAAUUAAUUGAUUCUGGUGAAGGAGGUGAUAGUCAAAAAAAUCAACAAAGAGAAAACUUAAAAGAAAUGAUUCGAUAUUGUGAAAAUCAAGUUGAUUGUCGACGGGAAAUAAUCCUUCGUUAUUUUGGAGAAAAUUUCAAUCGUAGGGAGUGUAAUCAAAGUUGUGAUAAUUGUCGAAAUCGAUCAAUGUACCCACGUAAACCAUAUGAUGCUACCGAAGUAGCCAAAGCUAUGCUACAACUUGUAAAAUUAAAUCAACAUGCACAUGUAACUAUACAACAAUUUGUUAAAAUGAUGAAACAAGAUAACGAUAAAAAAUUAUCCGAAGUUGUUCAAAGAAAAAACCUUGAACUUCCACCAGGAUUUAAAUCUACUGAUCUCUCUCGAGACGAUAUAGAUAAGAUUUUUAAAAUGAUGGUACUUAAUAAUGUUUUAAUAGAAAAGGCUAUUCCCAAUUAUUCGGGAUUUAUUUCUUCAUACAUUAAGGUGGGUCCAAGAGCUGAUGAUUUAUUAAAUGAUAAGACAGAAAGGAUUAUAAUAAACCGUACACAAGAAAAGAAAGGUAGAAAAUCACAAUCAUAA